AUGUCCAACGCAAGGAAUCGCCGACACAGAAGAGAUCGCACGGACGCGCAGUACGCAGCGGCAAUGAUGAGGCGACAGCGUGUGCUGCGGGACCGCCUGAACCCCUUUGAGGAUUUCGACGAGGAUGGGCUGCAGCAACGGUUCCGAUUUGGAAGAGCGGGCAUAAUGUUUCUCGCCGACACACUGCGUCCGGACUUGGAGCGCCGUACACGUCGUAGCCGCGCCCUCUCUGCGGAGCAGCAAGUGAUCAUCGCCUUGCAGUUCUACGCAACUGGGAACUUUCUGAUCACUGCAGGCGACUACAUCCGCGUGCAUGUGUCAAGUGCUUCACGGGCUGUGAGGCAAGUCACCGUAGCGCUGGCUCGUCGAGCACAAGACUUCAUACGAUGGCCUGACGCUGCGGAGGGGGCAGCCUUGCAGCACAAGUUCUACGACAUGGCCGGCUUUCCUUUGGUCGUGGGUGCUGUUGACGGUACCCAUGUCCGGAUCCAGGCACCCCAUGUGCACGAGGAGGCGUACGUCAACCGCCAUGGAUACCAUUCCAUCAACGUACAGGUGGUCGUUGACGCCUCUUCUCGGAUUCGCAACGUGGUUGCAAGGUGGCCUGGAAGCACCCACGACUCUCGGAUCUUCACGGAGAGCACCUUGGCAGUCAAGCUGGCCAGUGGAGAGUACGACGGCCUGCUGCUUGGUGACAGCGGCUACUCCUGUCAACCUUGGCUGAUGACGCCAUUCCUGUCGCCGUCAUCAGCAGCCGAGGUCGCAUACAAUACGGCACACACGACAAGAAGCAUUGUUGAACGGACAAUCGGCCAACUCAAGCGGAGGUUCCAUUGCCUUCACGCUGAGCUCCGAAUGGCUCCAGAACGGUGCUGCGACAUCAUUGUCGCGUGCUGUGCCCUCCACAACCUGGCCAAGAGGUACCCCUGCAGGACACCCGUGGCCGCCAUCCCCGCUGAGGUUCCCGUUGAGCCCGUAGCAGCCAACCGUGCUGAGAGCAACGAGGCCCGAGACUUUAUUGUCAACCAUUUCUUCGGCUAAGUAUCCUGCUGUCGCUCGGCCCUUCUCUGGUACUGCUGUGCAGCCUCACGGGUCCAGCGCUGGUUGUGCUGCACAACAGGAGAGGCCAGUGUUCUCUGUGCUGCGUCGUCUUCAACUGUACUGCUGCCAGAUGACGAGGGUGGCGGCGUCGUCACCCUUCCCGUGCAGCUGCUGUAGUGACACGCAUGACCAGGAAAUUGUUUGAGGUUAAAGGGAUACUACAACAAAAUUUCGGGUUUCAUUUUUUGGUCUAUAUGUGUUCGAAGGAGCAGUAUCA